CUGAAACGCAGAAGUUGUCCCUUCGGGGACAUCCGAUAAAAUUGGAACGAUACAGAGAAGAUUAGCAUGGCCCCUGCGCAAGGAUGACACGCACAAAUCGAGAAAUGGUCCAAAUUUUUUUUCUAAUCUCCGCUCCGCUUGCUUCAUUCAAUGUCUUCCUCUCUCAAUUUUUUUUUUUUUUAAUAUAAAUGUCUGGUGGGUGUGGAGACGGAAGUAACAGUAGCGAGAGGGUAGCCAAAGAAGAGAGGUUUCAAGAAGUUCAGUUUUAGAGGCCUUGAUUUAGAUGCUCUCCUUCACAUGUCCACCGAUGUACUUGUCAAGCUCUUUCCCGCCGGAGCGGGCUGCAGGGUUUUGGGUUUGUUGCAACGACGGGUUUCAAAGAGGUGUGAAGAGGAAGCCAAUGACAUCGAUCAAGAAAUUGCGUAUAGCUGGUAUGGUAUAUUUUGAGUAUAGUCUGUGGUCUCCUCUGUUUUUUGGUGGCUUGGAACAGAAAAGGGAAGCCCCAGAUGGGGAGAAGCCAGAGCCCUUGAGGACUCAUCUUAGAAAUAUGAUCAUUGUGCCCGAGAUGAUUGGCCAUUAUCUUUCUGAGUUCUCAAUUUCUUACAAGCUCGUUAUGCAUGGAAGACCUGGUAUUGGUGCAACGCGCUCUUUCAGGUCCAUUCCUCUCUAGUGAAACGGGGCAUUUACUUUGGGUGGAUGUGGAUUUUUCUGCACCUUUUUUCUUUCUCUAAUUAGGUUUUUGAUGAAUUGUUCUUGUGAACUUGUUAUGAUUACAUAAGCAUAUCCAGGGAAGCUAUGCGAUUGCAUUAGAAAUUAAAUUAUUAGUGAAAGCUGUUUCAAAUUACUCUUUUCAAACUCUCAUAUUUUAAUCGAGUGUUUGGAAAACAUGGUGAUUUUAAAAGAUUGGUCAGGACAAUGGCUAAACCCAAAAUCAGAAUUAGUUGGAUCAAACAAAUCGUGAGUUGACUUAUCAAGUGAUACAAAUUUAUCCGGAUUAACUUUUAAAACCGUUGGAAAAAAAACCUGGCCGUGGCUGAACUUCGGAUGACUGUCACCUUGGGUUGGAUUGAGUUUAAUAGCUAUGGUGUGCACGUUUUGGCUGAAGGACGUCCACCUAAAAUUUCCUCUUAUUAUAUCCAGCGAACCUGAGUUUUCAUCUCAAUAAAACUUGGCUUAUUGAACUAAAGAAAAGUGUAAAUUGAACUAAUCAAGAGUGGAAGCAAAGUUAAUAUUACUCGAAAUCAAGUUUAAAUUGGCUUUGUCCAUCCCAAGAAAUCGUCACUGGGAAACUCGAAUUCCAAUAUUAAAUAAAGGCAAUAAAAUGGUAUACGGAGCACAACUGAACAAUCUGUUGCUAAGGUGCCACCGGUGAGUUAUAAAUGCUAUCCUAAGGUUAGGGAUUGAUGAUUACCAUCCAGUCAAAUCGCAGCACCAUGCCCUCUUCAGUGUCUAGCCAUGUCUUUUUCAACCCAAUAUAGGUGUAAAGGAUGAAGGUAGAAUUGGAGAGUUGGUGAUAAGGUAAACAUUUGUAGACGGCUAAAAUGAGUGUGUGGUAAAGAGCCAUACAUUUUGUUCCCUAGGGCAAGGAAGUUCGGUUUCCAUGAUGAUAAUGGUGGUGACAGUUGUGGUGGAUGGUUGGGGUGGUGGUUGUGGUUUAUUUGAUGAUUGAAAAAUAUUAUUUAUUUAUUACUGUUUGUUUCAAAAAUAUUUGCUGUAAAACAAACACCUCCGAGUUGCCAAUAUGCUUGACGCACGGGGCCAAAAUUGCCAGGGUUUGGCACGAUUUAAAGGAAAAGUUGCUGUCAUUGCUCUAGGGCCUAGGCUAUGAUGGGUUGCUUUCCUUACUUUGGACUCCGUUUGAAAGCUGCCACUUUAGGACUUGCUGUGCAAAACAUUCUUUCUGACAAAGAUUUAGUGAUGCUCCUUGUGACUUGUGUUUCUGGGCUGGUUUCCUUCACAGAAGAGGGAGCUGCUCGUAUGAACUUAAACGAGAAAUAGAGAGCCAACUCAAUUAUUGUGCCCAAAGUGUGAAUAUGAAGAUUCCACAAGUUAUUUUACUUGUCUUUCACCUCCAUGAGGAAUUUGGCUGAGCAACAGGGAUGGUAUGCUGACCAGAUUAUAGGAGAUGACAUUCCCUACCUACUAUGAAUUCUUCUGCGUGCAUCUGAUAGGUUGCUCAACGUCUGUCGUGAUGAAAAAGCUCAAAGCAGCUCAGAGAGGUUUUCACGUUGCUUGAGACCAUAAGCUCCCCAAGUAGCCAUGAAAAUGAUGGCAGUCAGGGUUUGGAUAAGCAGGCGACCUGUUUGAAGCUGUGUUUGAUACCAGGAAAUUAUGGAAAAGCUUUUAACAUGCCACACUGUUGUUAAACAGGUGAAUAGGAUCCCUGGUUUUCUCUUUAUUUCACUGUAAAGUCAGGAGCAACUCUUCUUUUUAUUUCUCUGUAGAUGUCAAGGGAAUGCUUGUCACAGAUAAAACAGCAUGUAUUAAGUUAAUUACUUUAUAUAAAAAGAGCCGAAAAACGCUGACAUAUGAA